AUUUUCUAACGACUAGAUACACAGUCAAGUACGUGCCUAUAGCGCCUGUGGUCGAUACGCGUCGUAUACCAGGUGUACAAUGUUAGUCUUCAGGAGUCGUUGGUAGUCGAUAGCAAUGUCUUCUCUUCAGUGCAACGGCUGUGGCUCAUCGAGCACCGCUCUAAAAUUCGUCUCUUGCCUGCACACGCUGUGCGUACCCUGUGUGCAAAAUUGUAUUUCCUUUGACGGUUCAAUCAAAUGUCCGAGAUGUUUGUCCACCACUCCGCUGCCUAUGAGCGUCGAGCCAUUGCGAUCGCUCCCAAGUGUUGUGGACCGUGAAGAUUCUGUGGCGGGAGACGACACGCUUGAGAAACCCAUGUGUGAAGAGUGUGGAGAUGAUACCAUCGCCACACGCGGGUGUGAGAACUGCCAGGUGAAAAUGUGCGAUGCACACUCAACUAGUCAUCCAUUAUUCAAAGCCACCAAGGGACACACCGUCAAGCCAUUAUCCCAAGUGGAGCGAGCCUCGUCUUCUACAGGAUCGACCAGCAGAUCUGCUGCUGCACAGCACAGGUGUGUACUGCAUACAAGUGAGUUCGUUGAUGGAUUCUGCGUACAGUGUAACCAGUUGCUGUGUCCAAAGUGCAAACAGGCACAUUCACACAAGAAAGAUCAUCAGGUCUUGGACAUUGCCAGCGCUGGUCAAAAGACUCGGGAUAUGCUAGCAGAUAAACUUGCCAGCAGUUCAUCAACAUGUGAUGGGAUCAUAAGCCAAGCAUUGAACAAUGUUCAAACAAACAUUCGUAAGCUCAAUGACCAAACAGAGCUGGCCUCCGCAAAGGUCACUGACUUCUCCAAACGUUUGACGGAAGCAGUUGUGAAGCGUGAGAAUGAACUCCUUGCAGAGCUGGAUGACAUGCGAUCUAAGAAGAUGCUGUCAUUGGAGGAACAACAAUACCGACUUCAGGAGUGUGUAUCGCAAGAAAAGAGUGCAGCGAAUAUUGUGCAGUCAUUUGCUGACGAUGUUGACCUGCUCCGUAUAUGGACAUGGGUCGACGAGUCAUUGAACAAAGCAAUGCGAACAGCUGAAGUAGAUACAGUGCCAUGUGUGUCCAGUGGGCUUGUGUUUGGCAGCACUGACAUCACACAACUACUGAAUGACAUUGGCAAGUCUGGUACUGUACUGGAUGUAGCUGAUCAUGCUGUACUGGAUUGUCCAGACAAAGCCACGACUCGUGAUGAUGUCAUACUUACUGUUGAGAUGACGUCAUCACUGACUGCUGCCAGUGCUACCAAUACGCCUGCAUGCAGUCAGUGUGCAGUGUGAGUCAGGAUC